AGAGAGAGAGAGAGAGAGAGAGAGAGAGAGAGAGAGAGAGAGAGAGAGAGAGAGAGAGAGAGAGAGAGAGAGAAGAUGACGAUAUCCAUUUUCAUGAUGAUUCACCGCCUGCCAUUGUCUCCCGGCGGUUGUCAUGGGGGUAACUACUGCGGUGCCAAUCCUGGUGGGGCUUUUGCGGAUGCUGAUGGCAGCGAUGAUCAUUCUCGCGACCUGAGCUCAACGACCAGCAGCCGUUCUUCGACAUCUUCCUGGUCGUCCUGGUCUUCUCCCGCUCAAGCUCUCAAGAAACGAAUUUAUUGCGCAGGUGGAAGUCGCUGCCAAGCCGAUUCUCAUCGCUUUGUUCGAGGUCAGACUGGGAGCGCGGGAAAAGCGUGUUCCAAGAGUGCCUCCAAUCCUUGUGCUAGCCUCAGUAGCGCCCUCUCUAGCGGCAACAGCAACCUUUCCCGCGCUUUGCCAGGUGGUUCCCGCGCUCGCGCCAAGCUUUGCAAAGGCAGCAACUCGCAGAAAAAGUUGAGUCGGCUCAGGAAAUGGAUGAUUUGGCGCUGCGAUUAAUUAACUGUAAGUGUGAUUGAUGAUUAGACUAAUUAGUUCACACAGCGUGGUUGUAAUAUAGCCUUCGUUGUGUUGUAUACUUGCCACCGUUUUCCGUCGAACGUGCACCCUGAUAAUGAAUGUAUACAAGCUAUCUUUCCGCUCUGGUACAGGCAAAAUGAGGGUGCGUUGUGUUCGGCGGUUGAAGACGGUAGCGAUGACAGAUUUUGCCAUAGCCAGCCACUCGUCGAGAUUCGAGUUUGCUUUCCUUAUGUUCUCAGUUCCUUUGUCAAGGAGAUUACCCACGCCUGCGCCGUCGUGUGGUAGUUGCUGAUGAUUGGUUACCUUUUUUGUUUUUUUUCCAUUGUAAUUUUCUCAAUUGUUUGAUCGAUCUGGACCGAUCAAAAGAGAAGGGUACCGAUCAAAAAAGAGGAGUAUGCAGAUAGGCAGGCUUCGAAACCCCUCCGUUGCAUUUACGUGAAUAUGCAACUGCUGCGAUUUGUGAUGACCUCGCGCACAUUGGUGGUAGGAGGGCGGAAAGCGUAGCUGCCGAAGAAGGAUCGGGUAGAGGAACGAGGGAGGGAGUGGGUUUUGUGUGUCAAAUCGGUUAUGUGCGAUUUCGUCUUUGUGGAAGAAGCCGUUGAGGAACAAAACCAGCUUUUGUGU